GAAAAUUCCAAAAAUCAUAACUCAUAAGCCUUUCACCCACAACCAUUUUCUGGGUACCUAAGAAACCAGCAUUCUACCUCUGCAAUCCUCCAUCACUGGCCACCAAUAUGCUUUCAGAGAGGAAGCAAUCCAAAUACGUAUGCGUGAUCGGGGCUGGUCCGUCGGGGCUGGUGACCACGAGGGAGCUAAGGAAGGAGGGACACUGUGUGGUGAUGAUGGAGCAGAACCAUGAUGUUGGAGGGCAGUGGCUAUAUGACCCUAACGUUGAGGGCGAGGACCCUUUGGGGAGGAGUAAAUUUUUGAAGGUCCAUAGUAGCAUCUAUGCUUCUCUGAGGCUGGCUAGUCCUAGAGAGAUCGUGGGGUUCAGUGAUUUUCCAUUUGUGGUGAAGAAAGGUAGGGACACGAGGAGGUUUCCUGGGCACAGGGAACUUCUAUGGUACCUUAAGGACUUUUGUGAAUGGUUUGGGCUGAGGGAGACGAUAAGGUUCAAUACUAAGGUGGAGUAUGUGGGGAUGUUGGAUUCUGAUGAAGUAGGUGGAGGUUUGAAGUGGGUUGUGAGGAGCAGAGACGUCAAGUCUGAAAAGGCGGUGGAGGAGGUGUUUGAUGCUGUGGUUGUGGCCACAGGCCAGUACUCUCACCCUAGGUUGCCUUCCAUUAAAGGAAUGGAAGCAUGGAAGAGGAAGCAAAUGCAUAGUCACAUCUACAGGGUCCCUCACCCAUUUCACAAUGAGGUAGUGGUGGUUGUAGGAAAUGCAGCGAGUGGACAGGACAUAUCCAUAGAGCUUGUGGAUGUGGCAAAAGAAAUCCAUCUAAGUGCCAAAUCUCUUGAUAUUUCUGAGGGUCUAUCUAGAAUUAUUUCCAAACACCACAACUUGCAUCUUCAUCUGCAGAUUGAAUCCCUUCAUGAAGAUGGACGAGUAGUAUUUGUAGAUGGGUCUUGGGUCGUGGCAGACACUAUCAUAUACUGUACCGGGUAUUCAUAUUCCUUCCCAUUUCUUGACACCAAAGGAAUAGUAGCAGUGGAUGAUGACAGAGUAGGCCCAUUGUAUGAGCAUACCUUCCCUCCCUCCCUUGCACCCUCCCUAUCUUUUGUGGGCAUUCCCAGGAAGAUCCUAGGUUUCCCUUUCUUUGAAUCACAAGCAAUGUGGAUAGCUCAGCUGCUGUCUGGGAGAAAAAUAUUACCAUCAUUCCAUGAUAUGAUGCGGUCCAUUGAAGACUUCUAUCAGUCAAGAGAUGCCGCUGGCAUUCCAAAGCAUCAUACUCACGAUAUUGCAGAUUUUGAGUACUUUGAUAAAUAUGGAGACAAUGUUGGGUUCCCACACACGGAAGAAUGGAGGAAGAAGCUACUCUUAUCAACCGUAGGAAAUGCCCAAGUCAACUUGGAGACUUACCGUGAUUCUUGGUAUGAUCAUGAGCUGUUGCAAGUGGUUCUUCAGAGCCCUCUUUUCACUCAAUCCCUUCAAUCCCCAUCUCAGCAUCUUACCGUAUGAUUAUAUUACAGUUAUCCAAUUUGAUCCAAAUCAUUUUCCAUAGUUCAAAGGUAAGAUGUAAGAGGAGGAAGGUUGACUGAACAAGAUGAAAUGGGUUGGAAAAUGCUACCAUAUGAACCUACUUAGGGUAAUGAAUCUAAAAUAAAAUAUCUUUGACAUAACAA